AUGAAGCUGUUCGUGUUCGCCGCCGUUCUGGCCGUGGCAGCCGCCGCUCCGUCUGAUUCUGCCUACGAAGAGGACAUCGUCGAGAUCCUCAGACAGAACAUCGACCACAACGACGACCACUCUUACCAACAGUCUUUUGAAACUGAGAACGGCAUCUCGGUGUCGGAGUUUGGCCAGACGGAGGAUGACGACAGCUACAGUACAUAUGAAGCUCCCGCUGAGGAGGAGGAGGAGGAGGAAGAGGAAGAUGAGGAGGAGGUCCGUGCUUCCUACGAGCCUCAGUAUGAGCGUGUGAUUGUUGGCUACAGGCCUCGCUACAACUAG